AUGAACGAUCGAUCCAAACGCGCAGCUUCCGAGGACCCAAACCCUCAAUCCCCUGUAUGCCAGAGGACUAGCACGAGUGAAGAAUCACCGAGCCCCGACGUUCCCGACGGUCUGCCGGCACCUGGCUCGAUUAUUCAUCUUGGACAAUCAGAUGGACAGCGGACUACAUACCGCUUCAUUCUGGAAACGCCUCCGCCAAACUCGAUCUCCGCUGAAAUCAUCCUAUCGGUCCCUGAAACACAGUCCCCGACUCCAGGCGAUGCGCCUGAGGCAGAGGAUGAGUCACAGGAGGAAGAAAAGCAAUUAACUGCGCCAACGAAUUCGACUCCACCUGAGGUGCCUGAGGUCAAGAUGGAGUUACCUAAGGAUGAGGAUAAACCACCCAAAUUUGAGGACGAACGGCCAAAGGAUAAGGAUAAAUUGUCUAAGGAAAAGGAUAAGUCGUCUAAGGGAACGGAUGAGUCACCUGAGGUGAAGUGA